UCUCCGGUAAUAACGCUAAAAUGUUACCUGCCAUUUUUAGUCAUAAUUUUGAUCACAAUUCCAACCCUUCCAAUAUAAAAUCAACACAGUAGUCGCGAAUAUAUGUUAAGUUGCUUUAAAACAGGUAUAGAGUGAGCAAAGUCUUUAUUUCAGUCAACAAAGGCCGCCCUAAAACGAGGUGAAUUGAGUUCAGAGCUCGGCUGUGAAAGCGGCAGCGUUGCACGUUCGUGUCUUGGAUUCGCCGCUAGAUGGCGAAAUAAGUCCACUUUCUGCGGGGAUUAAUGUAGUCGUGUAUCGUGCUGCAGCCUGGAUUAUUGUGCAACACAGUAUCUACUACAAUACCAUGAGAUGGCAUUCAGAGGCAAAGCGGUCGACUCAAAGACCGUGCUCUUCAACCUUCUGCUCUGCCUGUUCAUAUUUUAUUCCCUCUUUUACAUGAUUGGGAGUGUGUGCUUCGGUGCCUUCAGGUUAAAUCAUUUUGAUGGACUGAUUCCAUUUGACUUCAAGACUGAGCCUGCUGAAUCCAACUCUAAAUACUUGGUGAACCUCCUCUCCUUGGAGCUCACCUACUUCUGUAGUGGCCUUUUGUUUGCUGCAGUUGUGCGGAGGCGGGUCUGGGACUACGCAGUCACUGUCACCCUUCUACAUGUAAUGAUCACCAGCCUUGUGAUGUUGGAGUUUCCCAUGGUUUGGCAGUGGUGGUUGGCUUUAGGCAGCGGCUUGUUUCUGAUGAUCUGCAAUGGUCAGCUGAUAGCUUACUUCACCUGCCAGAGUGACCAGAGCUACGCCUCCUUCAGCAUCUACUGACAGACAGAAAGCUGCUCGUUGUAUAAACUGUUUCAUAACUUGUGAGGAGAGGUGAGGUGGAAGGGAUCAGACCAGAUGCUCUCUCCCUGGAGAUUCCCGUAAGAUGCACCACACUGAUGGGCUUUUUCUGUUCACUAAAAAAGAAGCCUGUCACCAUUACACAUAAAGUCAGAGCUGGGACCAGUUUGUGUUCAAGUGUUGCCAUCAGAUUGGCAUCCUGCUGUUUUUAAGUAAAUGCCAAAAAAUGUUCUUUGUAUUCUGUUCAAUAAUGCACAAUGCCUUUGUUACUAUGCAGGAUUUAAAGGCACCCUGUGAAGUAUUUGCAGUACAACUGUAAGCUGUGAAUGUAAAAUGGGAAAGUUGCAAUAUGUCUGUUAAAUUAUAUUUUCGUGAUACAAAUGUAAAGUUCUAAAAAUAAAACUGCUUCA